CACCCGCCAAGUAGUCCACAUCGACCACAUACCUAAUACAUACCCAAUAAGAACAUUACCCGCCAUCCCAGCCGUGCAUUUCAGCUACUCCAUCUAAGCAUGGGCGCAUUUCCUCCUAACAAGGGUUACACUCAGCCCUCAGCCCUGGGGCGCGGGAGAUAGACCCUGCCGGCCCUGACUGUAUCUCACAGUAGUGAGAUCGCCGGCUCGAGUAGUACUCCCUACCUCUCCACAACCACCUAUCCCCAUCGGUGCAUCUCCAGCCUUUCCCAAGCCGGCGUUGCACGCAGCAUAUACAUACAUACCCGUCACACCAGCGCUACACCCACGAACUCAGCUCAGCCCUCGAUGUCGAAUAAGGCAUCGCCGAUCAGCAGAUGCCCAGUCUGCAGCCCGCCAUUGGCGCGGGGCCCGUCCUCGGUGCCGUCUCCGGGCGUACAGGGCCUCACCUUCCUACCGUAGCUGUGCCGUGCAUCGUUACGUUCCAGCUAUAUAUAUGCCGAUGCCCCCCCUCCUCCCUCCCGCUCCCUGGGUCGCGGCGAAUAUAAAUCACCUAAUGCACUCUUCCGUGAGAGACGUGUCUACACACCCAAAACUCGCAGUAGUAGUAGUAUUUAAAGAGCGCACACAAUGGCUACCCUCAAAGACCGCACCAAGACCGCUUUGGGAGCGGCUGCUACCGCCGCGGCGAGCAAGCUAAAGAAGCGCAUGUCCUUCCAACCUACAUCUGCGCAAUCCCCACCCCCCGACGACCCGAACGUUCACGUCAAGGCCGGCGAGCCCGUCACAGUAACCCAAGAGCCGUCGCCCGAACAGCGAUUCCCCAACCUCGAGAGAGAGAAGAAGACCAGCGGGCGCCGCCUUAUCAUCGCCUGCGACGGCACCUGGACGAACAGCUACUCCAACGCCCCCACCAAUGCCCUGGGCGACUUCCUCCCCGGCAUCUUCUCCCACACCACCGUCACCCUCCCCUCAAACAUAACCCGCAUCUGCCGCGCCCUCAACACCAACGCCGUCGCCACCGAGGACACCGAGCCGCGCCCCGCGCAGAUCGUCUUCUACCACCCCGGCAUCGGGACCGACGGCGGAAUCGAGGACCGCAUCAUCGGCGGCGCGACGGGUGCCACCAUCUCUCUGCACAUCAGCGAGUGCUAUGGCUUCUUGUGCAACAACUGGCAAGUGGGAGAUGAGAUCUUCCUCUUCGGCUUCAGUCGCGGCGCCUACACUGCCCGUGCUAUCGCGACGCUCAUCACGGAUAUUGGGCUCCUGACGGCGAAGGGGAUGGAGUUCUUCUUCCAGAUUUUCGAGGAUUGGAAAGAUCAGAACGUCCCCGAGGUACUGGCGAAGCAGCAGGCGGAAGAGAAGAUUAAUGGUGCCCAAGGCGCAUUUAAGGGGCUUCCCGCCACCCCUCCCAUGCCGAGCAAGGCAUACGCCGACGAGCUACACAAGCGCGGCUACACCCGCCCCUCCGUCCCCGUCAAAGUCCUCGGCGUCUUCGACACCGUCGGCGCCCUCGGCGUCCCCCCCAUCUUUGGCCUCCACAUCUCCGCCACAGAACUAAUGCAAUACUCCUUCGUCAACACCAAAGUCUCCCAAGUAGUCGAAUACGCCUUCCAAGCCCUCGCCCUCGACGACCACCGCGCCGCCUUCGCCCCCGCAGUCUGGGAACAGCCCGAGCAGCCGGCCGAACUCAAGAUGCUCGCACAGGCCUGGUUUCCGGGUGUGCAUUGCAAUAUCGGUGGUGCGGGGGGUUACGACGAUCAAUCCCUCGCCAACGACACCCUAGCAUGGAUGCUCGCACAACUGCAAACCCUAGACGUCUCAGAUGACGGCCUCCCCCUCCUCGACUUCGAUAAAUCCUACCUAGACUGGAUCUUCGCCCUCAACGUCGCCCACUGCAACGCCACCCCCUCCGUAGGCGGCUACCGCGGCUGGGCCCUAGGAAAGAUGGAAGAGACCCUCACGACGGCAUAUAGUUUCGUCGGCGACGUCAAGCCCUGGGCCGGAUGGGAGAACUGGCGCGACUGGGCGCACCCCGGUGACCUCGCCAGGACCCCGGGGCGCUAUGAAUCGUAUUCCGCGAAAUCGGGACGCAAGAUGAAACGCGACAGGCCGUUGGUGGGGAGUAACGAAACCAUCCACCCCUCCGCGCGCGUGCGCGUCGCCUGCGGCGGAAAGGGGUUAGACGACAAAGGAGCGUAUUUCCCGCGCGGCCUCGAGGGGUUCAAAAUCGUCGGCCCGCAGGGGGCGGAUAUGAAAGACCCCCUUGCGGUGGGGUUUAAAUGGGUGGGUAAGGAUUCGCAUGGAAAGGAUGUGGUGCUGGAGGAGACGAGGUUGGGGGCUAUGGAGCUUGCGUUGCUGGCGGCGAGUCGGAAGGCUAUGGAGGAGGGGGAGGCGAGGAAGGGGGUUAGGGCGCAGGAGGUUGAGUGGCAGAAGGGGGAGGUGGGGGGGGGUGUUAAUGGGAAGGGGAAGUGAAGGGGGGGUUGUCUACGUAAGGGCGGGUGUGAGUGUGGGUGUGAUAAGAGGAAGGAACGAGUUUUGAAUAACCAUCGCAACUUCCCCUUUUGGAUGUUAUAUAGCGCCGGUCUACAAACCACCCUUAGCACAAGGAAAGAACAAGUCUUGGAUACCCAUCGCAACUUCUCUCCCGGAUGAUGAUAUGCAGAGGAAGGUGCGGGUCUAAAAAAC